CUCAUUUGCAGACAUACCGGUGAUUGGUACAGUAGAUUUAGAGACAGUUUAAACUUGUAAGCUUAAGCUUCCAUUUAUAACCAGAAGUUUCAAAUCGUAGGUCCCGUUUAACAUUCAGCUCUGUUAAGUUACUCUCGCCUCUUUGUUUUUUUACACUUCGUCAAGAUUUCUUCAGGUAUUUAUCAAUGUCUGAAGAAGUUACUUAUGCAGAUCUUAAAUUCCAGAACUCCACUGAGACAGAAAAUAUCCAAGAAAUGGACAAAUUUGGGGAAAAAGCACCUCCCGCUCCCUCUCGUGUAUGGCGUCCAGCAGCCUUGUUUCUGACUCUUCUGUGCCUUCUCCUGCUCAUUGGAUUGGGAGUCUUGGGAAGCAUAUUUUACAUAACUUUGAAGAUAGAAAUGGAAAAAGUGAAUGAACUAAAAAAUAUCAAUGAAGAGCUUCAGAGAAAUGUGUCUCUACAACUGAUGAGUAACAUGAAUAGCUCCAACAAGAUCAGGAACCUCUCCACCACACUGCAAACAACAGCCACCAAAUUAUGUCGUGAGCUAUACAGAGAAAAAAAAGAGCACAAAUGUAAGCCUUGUCCAAAGGGAUGGAUGUGGCAUGAGGACAGCUGUUAUUUCCUAAGUGAUAAUUACCAAACAUGGCAGGAGAGUAAAACGGCCUGUGCUGAUCAGAAUGCCAGCCUGCUGAAGAUUAACAAUAAAAGUGCAUUGGAAUUUAUAAAAUCCCAAAAUAAAUUAUAUCAAUAUUGGCUGGGAUUAUCUCCCCAAAGUUAUUACACUAGUGGUAAGAGCAUUGAUGAUAUAAUCAACUCCUCUGACUGGGUUAUAAGAAAUGCAUCUGACUUAACGAACAUGUAUUGUGGAUAUUUAAAUGGACUAUAUGUUCAGUAUCAUUUCUGCACUUAUAAAACAAGAAUGAUAUGUGAGAAGGUGGCCAAUCCAGUGCAGCUUGGUUUUAUACAUUUCAGGGAGGCAUGAACCAUCAAUUAAAUACAUUGAAGGAGUGCAGGCUGGGCGCAGUGGCUCACCCCUGUAAUCCCAGCACUUUGGGAGGCUGAGGAGGGCAGAUCACAAGAGGUCAGGAGUUUCAGACGUGGAACCCCAUCUCUAAAAAUCAAAAAUAAUAAAUAAAAUGAAAUAAAAAAUUAAGAAGUGCAGUUGGUGGCAGGGGGUCAGAGCGUUCCAGGCUAUAGGUAAAUUUAAACACUUUCUGGUUAACAAUUGGUUGAGUUUGUCUAAAGACCUGGGAUUUCAUCAUGCAGGUAGAAGGCUUCAGAUAGAGUAGAUUGUGAAUGUUAACACUGGAGAGGUAUAAUGAAGCAUGUCCGACCUCCCACUUCCCAUCAUGGCCUGAUCUAGUCUUUCAGGUGAAUUUUAAAAGAGUCCUGGUUGAAGAGGAAGUCCAUUCAGAUGGUUGGAGGGGGACUGCUUAGAAUUGUAUUUUUUAUUUACAUUCUUCCCCUUCUGGUCAAGAUUUGUCAGAGGCAACAUCAAAGACCAGCAAAUUUUUAUUUUUUCCCAUAGCAUUGCCAGGGUGCCAUGGCUGCCUGCCCCAGAUCCAUCCUGUACUUCCACGGGACUCUCUGUGGCUGAAGGCCUUAUGAGUCAAAUGACUUAUAGCCAAUUGAUUGUUUUAGACCAGAUAAGAAUGGAUGUGAACAAGCAUUUAUUACCUCUUAAAAUUAUUAUUUUGUGUAAAAGUCAAUAAACAAAAAUGGAAAGGCAAAGUUAUAA